AUGGGCAUUCUAACUAUUAUCUCCUUCUUCAUAGCUUUGCCAUUUUUCUUUGUUUUCUUCAUUCUAUCUGUUUUUGUCAUCAAAAUCUUGAGUGGGAAAUCCAUCAAUGACCCCAAAUAUGCCCCAGUAAAGGGCACUAUUUUCGACCAGAUCUUUUACUUCGACCAUCUCUACGACUACCAAACCCAAGUUGCCAAAAAACUGCGCACUUACAGGUUACUUGAUUUAGGACGUAGCGAACUCUACACCACCGAUACACGAAUCGUAGAGCACAUAUUGAAAACUAAUUUUGAACAUUACGGAAAGGGUAAAUAUACCCAUGAAAUAUUUUCUGACCUUUUUGGAGAAGGGAUUUUUGCAGUUGAUGGAGAUAAGUGGCGGCAGCAGCGGAAGCUUGCCAGCUAUGAGUUCUCAGCCAAAGUUCUUAGAGAUUUUAGCUGCUCUGUUUUCAAACGAAAUGCUUCCAAACUGGUGACAGCAGUCUCAGAGCUAUCAAUGUCUGGUCAAGUAAUUGAAUUCCAAGAUAUGUUGAUGAAAUACACUAUGGAAUCCAUAAUUAAAGUUGGGUUUGGAGUAGAUUUGAAUUGCAUGAGUUUAUCAAGCAAUGAAGAUGAUGAGGGGAGUACCUUUCUUAAGGCUUUUGAUGAUGCAACACAGUCGCUCUACUUUCGCUAUAUUGAUCCCUUGUGGAAGCUGAAAAGGGUUCUUAACCUUGGCUCUGAAGCUUCCCUCAAGAGAAACAUCAAAGUCAUUGAUAAUUUUAUUUACGAUGUUCUAAGAACCAAGAAGAAACAACUAGCAUUGAACCCUGAUCGUAAUGUUAAAGAAGACAUACUUUCAAGGUUUUUAGCGGAGAAAGAGAAGAACCCAGAAACGAUGAGUGAUAAAUAUCUAAGGGACAUAAUCUUUAGCUUCAUGAUUGCCGGUAAAGAUACAACUGCCAACACUUUGUGCUGGUUCUUUUACAUGCUCUGCAAGAACCCAUUGAUACAAGAAAAAGUUGCACAAGAAGUGAUAGACUGCACCUGUAGCGGCAGCGGAGAAAACCAUGCUAAUACUAACGAUAUCUUAGCAACCAUAACUGAUGAAACCCUACAAAAAAUGCAAUAUCUUCAUGCAGCAUUAACUGAGACCUUGCGAUUGUACCCUGUAACUCCAAUGAAUGGGAGGUGUGCAAUGGAGGAUGAUAUUUUACCAGACGGCCACAUAAUCAAGAAAGGAGAAGAGAUUAGCUACUUGGCUUACGCCAUGGGUAGAAUGCGUUACAUUUGGGGUGAAGAUGCUGAGAUUUUUCGACCGGAAAGAUGGCUUAAGAACGGAGUUUUUCAACCCGAAUCGCCUUUCAAAUUCAUAUCGUUUCAUGCGGGUCCUCGAAUUUGUUUAGGCAAAGAAUUUGCUUAUCGACAAAUGAAGAUAUUCACAAUCGCACUUCUUCAUUUUUUUCACUUCAAACUAGCGGAUGAAUCGAAAGAUGCAAUCUACAAAGUAACAUUCACUCUUCAUAUGAAAGGUGGGCUUCAUCUUCGUGCUAUUCCCAGGACAACUCAAACCAAUUCACGACAAGAACAAUUAUAAUAGAUCCUUGAAAAAUGUUCAAAAUAUGUUUCCGUUUCCGCUUCCGGUUCUGUGUACACAGCAUAAGAACUGGAUUCCGUAAAUUUUAUUUGCUUUUCUAAUAAUAUUGAAGAUGAAACUUGGGUCAA